AUGGUCUCCAAAAAGACAUCCGCUAGGCCGCCUUCAGGCAUAAUCGGCGACUUCAAGGUCCGCAACAAGCAGAAGCGCCAACUCCUUCACAUCAAGCGAAAGCGCGCCAAGGACGCCGCUCGCCGCGCACAACGGUUCGGAAUCAAGAAGGAAGAGGCCAAGAACCCGAAGUUAAAAGAGGAGCGGCUCAAGCGCAACAUCCCCUUGACCUUGGAGCGAAAGCGUGUAUGGGAUGAUGCCGGUAGCGACGCUGAAGAGCCCCUAGGACUGAGUGUCGAUGUCGAGCGGAUCAAGCGACAGAAACAAGAAGAAGAUGAUGAGCUGAACCGUCCGCUGGACAAGGCGACGGAUGACUCUGAGGAAGACGACGGUGGCAGUGACAAGGAAGAUGAUGAUAAUGACCUUGACAGCAUGCUAGCCAGCAGUGACGAAGAAGACGAAAACGACGAGGGGAAGGAAAGCAGCAAGGACAGUCGCGGCCGGAAACCCUCCGCUAUCCCCUCAGCCACCGAGCGUGCAACCAGCCCAUCGCAAUCAACAAAGAGCACAAACCUGAACCUAGCCCCAGAAGCUUUGGCCGCAAAAUUUCCCUCGCUCUUCUCGCCCGGCUCCCAACGACCCCCGAAGAUUCUAGUCACAACCUCCCUCAACUCGACCCUGCACCACGAAGCGCAAAUCUUAACUCAACUAUUCCCCAACAGCGUCUACAUCCGGCGCACAGCCCACGCCCACGCCCAUAAGUUCUCCAUUCGCGAGAUUUCCCAAUUUGCCCAUAAUCGCGAAUACACCACCCUUGUAAUCCUGCAAGAGGACUCCAAGAAGCCGGCUGGCUUGGACAUCGUCCACCUUCCCAAGGGCCCUAUGUUCCACUUCAGCAUCAGCAAUUGGGUCGAGGGCAAGAAAAUUCCCGGUCACGGAAAUCCCACCGAGCACUGGCCGGAGCUAAUCCUGAACAACUUCCGCACACCGCUCGGUUUGCUCACCGCGCAUCUCUUCCGCACUCUAUUUCCACCGCAGCCGGACAUCGAGGGUCGACAGGUCGUCACGCUCCACAACCAGCGCGACUACAUCUUUGUGCGCCGGCACCGCUACGUGUUCCGCGAGAAGCGAGAGACCGAAAAGGCUGUUGUGGGUGCGGAUGGCAAGGAGAUCAAGGGAGCCGAGGGGAUCCGAACGGGUCUUCAGGAGCUAGGCCCUCGGUUUACCUUGAAGUUGCGUCGUGUUGACAAGGGAAUCCAGAGGGCGAGCGGACAGGAGUGGCAAUGGAAGGGGAAGAUGGAGAAGAAGAGGACGUUGUUUCAGCUGUGA